AUGGGCAGAGGGAGAGGUGGAAGAGGACGAUGUCUGGAUCGCGAGGACUCCGUGGAAGAGCCUGCUGUAGUCAUGUCAUUCCCACCACCAGUGACACCUCAGCCCACCCAAGACUCGACAACUGCGUUGGUGGACGCAUUGCAAAUCAUCAUACGAAACCUAUCUAGUAAUCAGCAAGCUAAUGACACAGUCUCUACCAGGGAAGCUUGGUGCUUGUGGGAUUUCAAGUGGGAUGACCCACAAACCUUUAAGGGAAUGUUCGAUGACCUGACGGUGGCACAGUUGCGAUCCACCUGGGAGAUUAUUAGACCCGGGGGUGAAAUCUCGUGGACAGAAUUCAAAGAGGCAUUUGCUGAGGUAUACUACCUAAAGGACAUCCAGAUCCGCAAACAUCAAGAGUUCACCCAGCUAACUCAGAGAGGGCGUUCGAUAACUACUUACGCCAGGGAUUUUGCCAAGCUGAAAUGCUUCAUCCUAGACUUGGUAUUCACUGAUUACAAGACGACUAUCCGGUUUGUGCUGGGGUUGGAUAGAAAGAUCCGUAAUGUUGUUGAGGUGAUAACACCUACUACUCAUGCUGCCGCCCUAAGAGUAGCAAGGGCCAUGGAGGGAACCGAUGGAUCGAAUGAGUCCCGCUCAUCGACGGAGAGACAGAAACGACCUCGUGAUUGGGAUGACUGUCCCUGCGUUCGAUGUGGGAAGGAUGGUCACUUGGCUAGGGACUGUCCGAGAAGUCGUACCAAUAAUGUUGGGGAUCAGCAGAGACCAUUACGCAUAGCAGAUGCCUCCACUCAGAAUUGUCCUCCAGCGAUAGCCUAUGCCUCCACUAGCAAGGACACUAAAAACCUUGAUGCGGCGGUGAUUGGUACGCUAUUCGUUCUUGUCCACUUUGCUUUGAUAUUGUAUGACUCGGGGUCUACGCAUUUGUUUAUUUCCACUACUUUUGUUAGUCAAGCAAAUCUUGUGUUAGAACCCUUGUUACAGGAUUUCUUAGUAGCCACUCUGCCAAGUGUGGACAUGGUUGCUGCUUAUAGGGUAAGAAAUGGUCGCAUAAUAGUAUCAGGAGUUAGUUUAGACGUAGACUUAAUGGUUGUUGAUAUGACCGUGUAUGAUCUUAUUUUGGGCAUGGAUUGGUUAGCGGAAAACCAUGCUUGCAUAGAUUAUCACAUGAAAGAGGUUAUUUUUACGCCACCGCUCAAGACCAGAUUCAAAUUCAAAGGCACGAGUUUGAGUUCCAUGCCCAAGGUGAUAUUGAUGAUGAAGGUGAAGAAGCUGGUCCAACACGAAGUCUGGGCGAUACUAGCUAGUGUGGUGAAAACCAAGAAAGAAGGACUCUCCCUAACCACGUUGCCUAUAGUGAAUGAAUUCUCGGAUGUGUUCCCAGAGGACUUGCCAGGAAUCCCUCCAACCUGA